AUGUCUAUCCAGCGAGCAACCACACUAGUUGACGAACGAACAGCUCAGACCACUGAGAAAUAUAUUCUCAUCCCAGUUCUGCCUUAUAAUGAGAAACUGCGACUAGGCUACAUGCGCCGAAACCAGCCUUUUCCUCUGGAUAAACUACCGGAGGAAUACUACCCAUGCUCUCGCAAAAGCGACCGCCCGCCAGAUUUCGUCUUCGGUUUUCCGCUCCGUUACGCUGAGGGCGACCAGGAUCUCACCCGUACUGCUGCGAAAUUGUAUGCUAUGCAAGACAAGAUUCCGGAUGAGGACCUACGAAACAGGACCAAAUACGGACCUACGCGCGCCAUAGCCAAAUACAUCAGCGAAUCUAUCGACGGCGAUUUUAUUGACUACAUCAGCCCCUGCGAAGUCGACACCGACGACGACAUAUAUAUUCUUUUCCGUCUCUUCGCUUCGUAUAUACCGACCUCCCCCAGUCCACCGUACUGGGUUGAACAGCUGGCCAAAAUCGCCAAGGAUAUUUUGCGGGAGCUUGGGUGGGAUGACGUGGAAGAGCCUGGCUGGUACUUGGAUGUCAUGAGCAAGGCUACGGAAGACUAUGCUGACUACAACUUUGGCAGCUCGUGGAGACGUUAUUAG